AUGGAAAAUGAAAGCAAAGAGCCUGUUAUUGACUACCAGUACAAGGCACUAAAAGAUCGCAAAUCGAUCCGACUUCUGUACCUACACACAUCUAGUUCGUAUCACCAGCUACCUAUCGAAGUCUCCCUCUGCGAAUUUCCUAUCGAUGCCUGUCCAAACUUCAGCGCACUGUCUUAUGCAUGGUCAAUUGAUGAUGAGCCUGUCCCAUCGUUUCGAGAAUUGCUCUGCGAUGGGGCUGUUAUCAGAAUAACAAAAAAUUGUGAGGCCGCACUAAAGAGACUACGACGGCCGAAACAAGACCAAAUACUUUGGGUUGAUGCGGUGUGUAUCAACCAAGCCGAUCUUGAAGAAAGAAGUCUCCAAGUUCUCUUGAUGCGCCAAAUAUAUACACAGGCGUCUUGGGUCGCUUUGUGGGUUGGCGACGCAUCUACAGACAUCGACGAGGAGUCUGGCUUGCCUCUUUCAGAUCUGGGGAUGGACUAUAUCCAUGACUUUGCAGUUGAGAUUGCAGAAAGAACAAAUUCAGGCCAAGAUAUAAAUCAAGGACCACUUUAUCAAGAGUUUAUAAAAGACCGGCAAGCAUUCCAAUAUUCGGAAAGCAAAGUCUUCACACCUCGAGUACGCGGCCUUUGGGAUGUCUUUCAUCGGAAUUGGUGGAAAAGAUUAUGGGUUAUUCAAGAAGUUGCUUUGGCCAAAGAGCCAGCCUUGCUAUGCGGCUUAAAAGCAGAGCCAUUCCAUAAUCUCAAAGUUGUCAUCGAGGCCCUGAUCAGAUCCGCGCAGCCGGUCGAAGUCCUGGAGUACAACACCCUCUUUAUCGCACACACGUUUCAUCAGUUCCAUGUACGACACAUGAUUGAGACUGGUAGAAUGAGCACGAUAUCACCUCCUGGGGUAAAGGCACUCGAUAUGCUAAACGCCACCCGCAAUGCGCAAGCUACAGAUCCCCGAGACAAGAUAUACGGCAUCCUUGGCUUCUUUGGCCCUCCAGCAACGGAUCCGGAGAAUAUCUUCCCAGAUCCGGAUUAUAAAAAGCCUGCUGCAGAGCUCUAUGCUGAUGUCUCGCGAGCCAUAAUCGUCAACACCAAGAAGUUGGAGGUCUUGAGCUCAUGCUAUGGCUUCUUUAAGUCAACGGUUCCUAAUCUACCCUCGUGGGCAGCAUCGUGGAACGAUACUCCUAUGCAGUAUUUUGAUGGGAAAAUCUUCAACGCGGCAGGCUCUUCUAACGUCGUCUAUGAAGACUCCGACGAUAAGCUGCUCAUGCGAAUAAAAGGUAGGGUCGUUGACUCCGUGAAACGCUCAGGUCGAAUACCAGAGUCAAUAGGAUAUAGCAAUGAGGCAUGCAUCGAGCUAUGGCGCUACUGGUGGAAGUUUGCUUCUGCAUUAGAUUCCUAUCCAACUGGAGAGUCUGUUGUCGACGUAUUUGAAGAUACACUUUGCUGGGGGAGCAGCUUGGAUUAUACCCGACUACAACCUGGGGACAACAAAGAGAGCUUUGACGCUUGGUUAAAAAUAUUGAUCGGGGCAGAUGACACAGGUACAGCCGCCAAGCAUAUUUUUAAUGGCGGAGAGUCGUUCAAGUAUGCUCAUAGAGCUACCUCGGUCACUUGGGGGCGCAAUAUGAGCAUAACCGACAAGGGGUACCUGGCUAUGGUGCCCAUAGUGACCAAAGCCGAGGACAAGAUUGUCAUUUUCCAGGGCUCUAAGCUGCCUUUUAUCGUGCGAACUGAAGAUGGCGUAUCCAAGCUCGGAGGGCCUUGCUACGUGCGCGGAAUGAUGGAUGGAGAGUUUGCUACUGAGGACGCACAAGCUAUAGAUGAACUGGAAUGGUUUACAUUGAAGUAGCGAAGCAUCAAUCCUAUCAGAUGACAU